AUGGCGGUAGCAUUUGCUACAGUCUCGAUUCAGAUCAAAGGUGUCUUUAAAAAGAAUGGUUUGCUCAUUCUCUCGGUGUUGUCAGUUAUUAUCGGGUGCUCGCUGGGGUUCUUCCUUAGGACCAGGCAUCUCUCCGAACAGGAAAUCAAGUAUUUCCAGUUCCCUGGUGAGCUGUUGAUGAGGAUGCUGAAAAUGUUAAUUCUUCCACUGGUGGUAUCCAGCUUGAUGUCUGGACUGGCAGCUUUGGACGCAAAAGCUUCAAGUCGAUUGGGUCUAAUCACAAUUGCAUACUACCUCUGGACGACUUUUGUGGCUGUCGUUAUAGGAAUAAUUAUGGUCUCCAUCAUACAUCCUGGUGGUGCAGCCCAGAAGGAGAGUACUGAUGACAGUGGAAAACCAAUCAUGAGCUCUGCUGAUGCAUUGUUGGAUCUGAUACGGAAUAUGUUUCCCUCUAAUCUAGUUCAAGCUACAUUUCAACAGUAUCGAACCAAGAUCGUUCCAAUAGUCAUUUCUGUCAAAGUAGCAGGAUCUGAAGCUGCCACAAGAAUGCCUUUAAUCUAUGGAAUUCAAGGUGACAAUGACUCCGAAAUAAUUCAGAACAUUUCCUUGGACAUCACCCCACCUCCAGAAAUUAUAUACAAAUCAGGGCCAGGUUCAAGUGAUGGGAUGAAUGUUCUUGGCAUUGUUAUAUUUUCUGCAACAAUGGGUAUAAUGCUGGGGAGAAUGGGAAAGAAUGGAAUGCCACUGGUCAGCUUCUGUCAGUGUUUAAAUGAAUCUGUGAUGAAGAUUGUCGCAGUUGCCACAUGUUAUUUCCCAUUAGGCAUCGUGUUCCUUAUUGCUGGCAAAAUAUUGGAGAUGGAUGAUCCAACAGCAAUUGGAAAGAAACUGGGUUUCUAUGCUAUCACAGUGGUUUGUGGUCUAGUAGUCCAUGGCCUAUUUGUUCUACCCAUGGUGUACUUCUUUAUCACCAAGAAAAAUCCAAUAGUUUAUAUAAGAGGAAUUCUUCAAGCUUUGCUUAUAGCUUUGGCCACUUCAUCAAGUUCUGCCACUUUGCCUAUUACCUUCAAGUGCCUGUUGGAAAAUAAUCAUAUCGAUAGAAGAAUUGCGAGGUUUGUUUUGCCUGUGGGAGCUACAAUCAACAUGGAUGGCACUGCCUUGUAUGAAGCUGUGGCAGCAAUAUUUAUAGCACAAGUUAACAACUAUGAACUGGACUUUGGGCAAAUUAUUACUGUAAGCAUAACAGCGACAGCUGCCAGUAUAGGUGCAGCAGGAAUCCCACAAGCUGGUCUGGUGACCAUGGUUAUCGUCUUGACGUCUGUUGGUCUUCCCACAGAUGACAUCACUCUAAUAAUUGCAGUAGAUUGGGCAUUGGAUAGAUUUCGGACUAUGAUUAAUGUUCUGGGAGAUGCUCUGGCAGCUGGAAUUAUGGCUCAUAUCUGCCGAAAGAAUUUCACUCAGGAAAAUGAUGAAGUUCCACUGAUUUGUGAAACAAAGCCUACAAGCAUUAAUCAGAUCAUGGCCUAUCAGAGAAAUGGAUGCACAAAUGAUGCUAACAAGGCAGACAAACAAAUCUAUGCAGUUACCACAGAUGGACCCCAUAAUGUGCAAAUGGAGUUGGGCCUCAACACCAAAAAGGAUCACUGCACCAUUGAAAUAGAUGAAUUGGAGACCAAAGUAUAGUGACCCGAAUUUGUAUUCAGCAGGAGUAUUUCAUGCCAUAUUGGUAACGUGUAUGACUACCUCAUAGUUAGAAAUGUUUUAUGUACAUGAGAAAUGAAAAGCAAAACUGAUGAAUGAUAGUGCUGACGGUGCACAGUUGUAAAUUAUUACUCAUGUUUUGUGAAAAACAGUUUAUUUCUUUUUUAAAAAAUAAAUACCAUGUAAUUGUUGUACAUCUAGGUUAUUUCUUGAACAGGACAAUGGAAUAACUUGAGUGUAAAUUUUUGCAUUUGUUUCACCUGCAACAAUAAGAAGUAGUGACUUAAACACAUUUGUUAUUGCCAUUUCCUAUCUGUCCUGAUCCCUUUCUACCCUUUCUCAAAGGUUCACCUGAACUCUAUCCAGUUAGGAGAUUGAGGAAGCAGGUGCAUGUUGUUUUGGUAUAUGAAGGGAUAAGAUAGAAGGAAUGACAAUCAUUGUCUAGGAAUUUUCCUUCCUUGGGGUGUGCAGUCUCCAGUGUUAGAAUCUGGCUGUAUUACUGAUCAAAGUUACACUUGCCAAGUGGGAUAUAUCACUGUGGAAAUUUACUCCUUAUAUCUCUAUGGGCUCCUUUCUUGGCUGGCCAGAAAGCCAAAGGCCCUCCUCCAGCUCUUCAUGCUCCAAGAAUGGUCAAUUGGGGAUUCCUGACAGCCAACAUUUCAUGCAUUUGUAAUGAUCCUUCAUUGUCUCAAGUUGUUGUGAUAUACAGGAAACAUCAUUCUCAGCAGAGACAUUUCAUGAACUGUAAUCUCCAUUUCUGGAAAUGCAUGUUGUGGUUUUAAGCUCUUUGGAGCUGAAUUUAACUUAAUAGCAUCACGCAAAUGUAUAUUUAUUUAAACUCUCUUCUAACCACUUAUAGCCAAAAAUCCUGAUGUAUGACAGCUUCUCUUUCAUGGACUUCAGCCUUACCCAUUAAUCUCAGAGGUUUAAAGGAGAGAGGUCAAAACUCAUUAAGACCAAGAAGAGUAGGAAGAAAUUAAACAUCACAUUUUAAAAGCUUGUUUAUUGUAGGAUAAAAGGAAGGUCAAGGGAAGUAAAUAGUUCCACAGUUUUGAGUCCUGAGAAGGAAUGAGGGAAGAGAAGUUUAAUGCAAGUUUUAUUGAGUUGUUGAGAGAAAAAUAAAUGUUUGGUUUGGAAGUAAGGUUCUACAAAAUUUCUUCCUGCUCCAAAAGAUAAAUCAAAGAAAACUCCAGAAAAUGUACCUACCCUUACACUCUACAUUAAAGAUCCUGAAUCAGUUGUUUAUUCAGCAUUACGUUUUGAAAGCUCUAGCAAUUAAGUAGUCAUUACACUCCACACAUAAUUCAAUUGUUUGGUCUAUACUAACCCUAGAAUUAUUUAAUAUUUUUCCGAAGUUCUUUUUAAAGAAGUUCCUCUAAUCAUCUCCUGCCAAGUAACAGUUCUGCUUCACUGAACCAAUCUUUUAUUGCAAAAUUAUGCUGACCUACAAGAAUGAAGGAUUAAGAUAAUUCUGUAGAAAUUUCUGUAUUGAAGGACACCAAGAAUGUAUUUUUUCAAUGAAUUGGUCAUAAGUACUUUGAAUGGGAUGGCAGGUUGCAAUCAGUUAAUGGUCCAGUAAUCACCUAAUGGAUGCACUCUUUCAUUCUUUUUGAUGUCAUACCUCUUGUAUUGUGUUUUUAUGAAAUAAUCCUUUCACUGUUUUAGCUAAAAUAUAUAAUCAUUUAAUACUACCUGAACCUGAAGCAGAAUGCAUGCCACUUACAGUCUGAUGUUAGAGAAAUUUAGAAUUUAUACUGUUUAGAUAUGUGGAAAAUGUUACAAUAUUGGCCAAAACACAACAAAUACAAGAUAUAAAGAGAAUGAGUGUAUCUAAAUGGAAGUAAUAUUUUUGUGAAGGCAUAGUUGAUGAUGCAUUUUUUUAUCUCUGUCUGCUGAAAGCAAUGAAUUCUCAGAAGCUGUAUGACCCGCUGUUUGCUAGGUCUGUUUGCUAGAAAGACAAAACUACAUAUAACCUGUAUGGCCGUAAGUUAUUGUUCCUGAUGACCUUUUUUUUGA